AAAUAAAAAAUAAAAAUAAAACAACUUCCUUAAGAAAUAGAACACUUGAGAAAAAGAGCUUCACUAUACUAUCCGAAUCAAACAUUUUCCUGGCUCCUAAUUAUCACAAAUAAUGGCAGCCACUGUCAAGAUGAUCAGCAUACUCCUCUUCCUUUCCCUCGUUUCUCAAUGCCAUUGCCAGUGCUCGUUGAAUAACUUACAAAUUGAACAACAUAAGGAUGGAAUUUGGAGGCAUGGAAAACCAGAGUUUACUGUGACCAUAACAAACAACUGUCGUUGUUCUCUAAAGAAUGUGAUUCUAAAUUGCAAAGAUUUAGAGACCACUGCGGACUUAGGCACUACUAUCCCAGCCAUUUUGAGUGUUAAGGGUGAUCAGUGUAUUGUUAAUUCUGGUCGCCCUUUCAAAAAUGCUCUCACCUUCACAUAUGCUUCCGACAGCCCAUUUCCUUUCAUUCCAGUUCACUCUGAAACUGUUUGUUAGUGUUACUAAUUAAAUAAAUUAUAUACACAUAUAUAUAGUUUGAUGAAACAUAUGUACGCAUAAAUUAUGCUGUUUCAUCAACAACUACAAAAGGGAAAGAAAGAAAGACGUGUAUUCAACUAUUCAUUAUAUUUUGUUCGAGAUCAGAACAAAGUGUAUUCAAAUAGAUGAAAUAAUAAUAAAU